AUGUCGGUUGGCUGGAUAAGGCCAGUUUCGGGCCUGGCUGCGAGCCAGAUAGUCAUGGAUGAUCGCAUCGCCCAAGCGGAGGCACCGCCAGGGCUCUACCGCCUCGAUCGCAAUUGGCACUGCGAUCGCAUCUGGUUGCAGGUUCGAAACGUCCUUGGUAUCCCGGCGCCCCGGGUAUAUGGCUGGAGCUCCUCGACGGACAAUCCCGUUAGAGCAGAGUACAUCCUAAUGGAACGCAGUGGAGGGGUAGAAUUGGGCAAGAUAUGGCAUGACAUGCCUUGGGAGGAAAGACUUGAGGUUAUCAGGACUUUGGUUGGGUACGAGAAAGCCUUUGUUUCUGCCAAUCUUCCUAUGCACGGGAGCUUGUAUUAUGCGAAGGACCUACCUAGCCCCAGCCCAAGUCAAUUUCUUGACUCCGUCAACUCGAUAGACAAGGGAGAAACCUUCGUAGUCGGUCCGACAACUAACAGGGCGUUCUUCGACCAAGGAAGAGGCUCUGUCGAAGUAAAUCGAGGGCCGUGGCCUUCACUCAACGAAUUUGUCCAUUCCCGCGCCGCCCGAGAGCUAGCGUGCAUCGAUAAGUUCUCAUCCUAUCCUGGUCAGCAAGGGCUAUUCAGCGGUCCCAACCAAUACCAUCCAACCAGAGCAUUAAAGGUCGAAGUCCUCGGGGAUUAUCUGAAAGUCGCAACCCAGAUUCUGCCCACUGAUGCCAACCUGUCAAAGCCGACUCUAUGGCACUCCGAUCUGCAUAGUGACAACAUCUUCGUUGACCCUUCCCAGCCGACAAGAAUCCUCAACAUCAUCGACUGGCAAGCGGUCAAUGUUUCCCCUCUCUUCCUCCAAGCACGCCAUCCUUCGCUCAUCGAAUUUGAAGGGCCAAUACCAGAAGGGUUUGAGCCCAUAAUACUACCCGAUGGUUUUGAUGAUAUGAGCGAGGAAACACAACACCAAGCGAAGAAUCUCCGGGCCGCUCAGUCUCUCUAUAAGCUCUAUGAAAUCCUCAUUCUCCGACGGUGUCCGGAGAUUGCCCAUGCGCUGCACUUUCGAGACACUCUGCCUGGUCAAAUUACUGGAUUGGCAAGCUCAAUCUUCAGCGAUGGAGAGCCAAUCCUAAAGGGAAUGCUCAUUCAACUUCAGGACGAGUGGGCCACAUGUGUUAGGUCUUCCAUACCGUGCCCCCUUUCCUUUACUCCCGAGGAUAGGACGCAGCAGAAACGUCUCGAGGCGAGUUGGAGCGAAGGUGUUGAGCUAAUGCAUGAGAUUUUGACCGAGGUCGGCGCAUACCAGGGAUGGGAUGGUUGGGUCAAUCAUAACAACUACCCUGUGUAUAAGGAGCGGUUGGCUCGAUGUCGCGAGAACUUUCUCGAUCGCUACGCGAAAACCGAAGAGGAGAGAAGUCAAUGGAUCCAAGCCUGGCCGUUUGAAGACAAAACACAUUCGCCAACUUCUCUAUGAGCUUAGAAUUAUAGGAACGCAUACUGUGUCUGAUCCCAUCCGACUCCGGUCGCAGCCACCUCCCAUAAUUGAUCCCCAGGGGUCGCCUACAAGUGCUCGGGUCAAAUCCAAUUUGUCUGAGGAAAAUGAAUUGACCAUACUCCUGGUGCUGUGAGUUCUGGGGACACCUGAGAUAGGACCGUUUAACAUAGGCUCAUUGUACGGAAGUCCUCCACGAUGGCUUCCUCGUGCACCCCUUGGGUGGGGCCGGAAGGGUGUCGUUGGGAUGGG